AUGGACACCAUUCCGGAGACGCUGUCAUCAUCAGUGAAGUCUACAACGAGCAACACAUUUCAGAACGACCGCAAACGUCGAGAUAAUAUAAACGAGAGAAUACAAGAACUGUUGACACUGAUACCAUCAGAAUUCUUUGCAGACUACUAUAAUGGAAGCGCAGGUACGGAUUCCAGUGGUCCAGGUACAAUGAGCGAUACACCAGGAUCUGCCGCAAAGGCAAAGGGUACCGGCACAAAAGAUGGUAAGCCAAACAAGGGCCAGAUCUUGACGCAGGCAGUUGAAUACAUCACGAAUCUGCAAAACCAAGUGGACAUAAAAAACAGGGAAGAAAUAGAACUAAUGAUGAAAGUGCAGUCACUGAUCAAGAAGACGGGUGCCAUAAUAAAGGAUAUCAAUCUGGAUAAUACCAGCGCGGAAGUGGAACUGGCGAAGAUUGGUGUUGGACCAUUAGCAGGAACCGCGGAACAGACUGCAGAUUCCAAAUCUAACGAAAUCAUGAAUAGCAACGGUUACAGUGAAUACGACUGA